CACAAAGUCACAAACCCGUCUCUAUUACUCUCAGUUUCUUUCUCUGCCUCUCUCUCUCUACAAGCCCUAAUUAAGCAUUCAACAAAUUGUUGAGAGGAAGAGAGAAUCAAGCAUGCAGUGAAUUGGGUUUUUUUUUUUGGUUUUUAGGUCACUGGCUUAUUGAUGUUUGUUGGUAUUUUGUGAGCUGUCUUUGUUUGUGUUAAAUGGUAAUGGAAGGAGGUGGAUCAGGUAAUAAUUCAACACCUAUAAUUGAUAAGACAAGAGUUUUGGAUGUGGAACCACUGCGUACUUUAGUACCGGUGUUUCCUUCUAGUUCCAAAGCACCACCUUUUGGGCCCUACUCAUCUGGGUUUGCACCAUUUUAUCCUUUUAGUGCACCACAGGGUUCACAAGCAACACCUGACCUUAACCAACAGACACACACCACUCCUGCAGCUCCCCUUCGCUCGUUUAGAGCUACAGAGUCCAACGGGGAUGCUUUUGAUGGAGAAUAUGAGUCCUAUGAUGGUAGCACGGGCUCAGCUAAGCGGAGACCCAAGUCUUCUUCGCAGAAAAGAGCGAGGAAGAUUCAAGAUUUGGAUUUUACCUUGUCUGUUGAUGAGAAUAAUUUUGUUGUAGGAGUUAGUUUGUCUGAAAGGGAUGAUGGUAACAGGGAAGUAGUUCAUAGUAUACAAAUGAGGUUCGAUGCACUUAGGAGAAGGCUUAGUCAAUUAGAAGAUGCUAAGGAAUCGCCUGCUGGGAUUAUUAGGCGGGCGGAUCUGAAAGCAGGGAAUAUUUUGAUGACUAAACAGGUGCGAACAAAUAUGAGGAAGAGAAUUGGAACAGUUCCUGGAGUUGAGAUUGGCGAUAUUUUCUUUUUCCGAAUGGAAAUGUGCUUACUGGGAUUGCAUGCUCCAUCCAUGGAAAUUUUGCAAUAUUUACUGAUGGAAUUAUGGAGUAACCUAGCAGAAGCAGCAGCAGAAGCAGAAGCCUCUUCAUUUUUCCGCAAGGGAGCUUUAUCAUUGCCUACUGAAACUUUGCGUGUCGCCAGAAUUUGUAAUGACUUACUCAGUAUUGUUAAAAAUCUAUCUAUUAUCCAGAAUUGCUCUUAGCAAAUGUUUGGUAUUUGUUUAAAAAAUCUCUAACUUCUAUUAGAAUUAUUAAACUCA